AGCCCGGGCUGUGGCUCAGCUCUCAGAGGGAGUUGAGCACCAGGCAGCGGUAUCCAGCCAAGCCCCCUGCCAGCAUGGCCAGCGAGUUCAAGAAGAAGCUCUUCUGGAGGGCCGUGGUGGCCGAGUUCCUGGCCAUGACCCUCUUCGUCUUCAUUAGCAUUGGUUCUGCUCUCGGCUUCAACUACCCGCUGAGGAACAACCAGACAGCAGGUGCGCCCCAGGAUAACGUGAAGGUGUCCCUGGCCUUUGGGCUGAGCAUCGCCACACUGGCCCAGAGUGUGGGCCACAUUAGUGGUGCCCACCUCAACCCGGCCGUCACGCUGGGGCUGCUGCUCAGCUGUCAGAUCAGCAUCCUCCGGGCCGUCAUGUACAUUGUCGCCCAGUGCGUGGGUGCCAUCGUGGCGACUGCCAUCCUCUCGGGCAUCACCUCCUCCCUGCCGGACAAUUCACUCGGCCGAAAUGAGCUGGCCCCUGGAGUGAACUCUGGUCAGGGCUUGGGCAUCGAGAUCAUCGGCACCCUGCAGCUCGUGCUGUGUGUGCUCGCCACCACAGAUAGGAGGCGCCGGGACCUCGGGGGUUCGGGACCUCUUGCCAUUGGCCUCUCUGUGGCCCUGGGACACCUGCUGGCGAUCGACUACACAGGCUGUGGCAUCAACCCCGCCCGGUCCUUCGGCUCCUCUGUGAUCACACACAACUUCAAGGACCACUGGAUUUUCUGGGUGGGGCCGUUCAUCGGGGGAGCUCUGGCUGUGCUCAUCUACGACUUCAUCCUGGCCCCGCGCAGCAGCGACCUAACGGACCGCGUGAAGGUGUGGACCAGCGGCCAGGUGGAGGAGUACGACCUGGAUGGCGACGACAUCAACUCGAGGGUGGAGAUGAAGCCCAAAUAGAGAGGCCCCGGCCCAGGCACCCACGUGGGGGCAGGGCAGGGGCGGGCGGAGGGCGGGGAGGGGAAAAUCCUGUUGCAGACAUUCUGACAAGCUGGCCAACGUGGCUUCCCAAAGAUCCUCCAGAACUGCGUGGUCAAGCCUGGUUUGGGACUGUUUCUAUCAUUUUCUUUCUCUUUCUCUGUUUCCUGGCCUCUGGGCUUCCUGGGGACCAAGAUUUAACAAUCACUCACUCCCUUGAAGUCAUGGAGGAGGUGAAAGAGAGGAUCCCACCCUGCUAAGCUGUCCCCUCGGAGUGUGAUGGAAGGUGUGCCAGGAAGUCCGCCUCAUCCCAGAGGUGCUCCACGGCUCGCCUGCUACAGGUCUCUUGGGCACUGCCCUGUUUGCUUUGUGCCUUUGGGCGUGGCCCUCCUUCUGGAACAAUCUCUCUACCCCCGAGGGUGCUCCAAGGGGAAGAGAUCCCAGGAGGUGUAUGAUAGGGCAAGUGGCAGACUGGCUUCAUUCCUGUGCUUUGGCUGGACCUCCAGCCUGCACCCCCCCCCGACUUGCUGCAUGACCUUGCGAUCGUCCAUAUCUUAGGGCCCCUGUGACCCCAUCUGUAGAGUGGCAGGGACAGGGAGAGCUCUCUGGGCCCAAGGCCUCUCCAUUCUGUAAGUGUAGAUACUCUGUGGGUUCUAGAAGGUGUAGUAUGGACCAGCAGCUUUUCCACUUGCCCUGGUUCUUUCCCAAGGGGAGAGCUAUAGUACAUACCUGUGCGAACACAAGGACACAAGGACAUAUGCAUACAUGGUUCAGAGCAGUAGACCAACAGACGGCCCAGGGCAUGAGAAGUCCCUGUCUGCGGGGGAGCAGGGCCGACCCCUAUGCAGCGGGGAUGGGGUCUGCUGUCACAGGAAGGUGUCAGAUGGAGCGCAAAGGAGCAAUACCCAUGCUCCUUCAUAGGGUUUUAGUCGGCCUUGCCCACCUACUGUUGCAUCAUCUUAAUUGUCCCGUGGUUCUCCGCUUCCUCCUGCCAGUGUAGACACAGGUCACGCUUAUGCAGGUGUGUGUUUAUUAAAGGGAAGUUGGUUAUCUGAAGCCCCAAGCCCAAGGCCAGGGGACCAUGAUGCGGAUCAGCCCAUGGAGGCACAUGGCCCUUGCUGGACGCUGAGGGGGGCUUCCAAGCUCCUAGCUGAUGCUAGGGGCGGAAAGGAGCAGAUUCCCCCACUUACUGCUGAACUCCUGAUUGGAGGCAUUUGGGGCAGCUGGGUGACCUGCACAGGCUUGCUAUGUGACCCCAAGCCACAGGCUUCCCUUCUCGUUUACCUGGGGGGAUAGUUGUCUUUGGCCUGAUGAUGUAGCUCCCAACACCACCCCAGGACCAUCUCAGAGGAGAGAGUCUGCUUUGGGAGCAGUUGUCUCCAUGGUCUGUCCAAUCCCAUUGGGGCCAGAGCAGGUUCCCCAGCAAGCCUGUAGCCAUGAUGGUGACAAAACCCAAGUGACUCCAUCUGCAGAUUAUCUGAAAGCAGCAGGACAACCAGGUAACCCUAACUGGUCACUGAUACAUUGUAACAUCUACACACUCUCUUCUCCAUCAUUCCCUAGCAGGGACUUCUAGCUCAUUUAACAGAUAAGGAAACUGAGGUCCAAGGUCCCACAGCUAGAUAAUGACUUGGCCAGGCCUAGCAACUGAGGCCAUGUCUCUGGCUACUCCCUGGACCGGGAGACUGGCCCCUCUUAUUCCCAGCUUCUUGGUUUCUGUUUGGGCAGGGUCAGAAGCCAGGAGGGGCAAGGAGUGUGCUGGAGGGGAGGGGGUCAGGCCCACUUCCUGUCUGGUUCUGACUGCUGCCUGCCGGACCCCGUAUCUGUCCGCUCUGCCUCUGUGUCUCUUUGGAAUUGGAAGUUCAUUCUAUGUUAAGAAAAUAAAGGAAAAUGACUUAUAAGGUCA